AGUCGUUUAGAUAGUAGUGUUGUUGUCAAUGGAGGAGGACAUGGCGGAACAUUUCUCGUUCUUAAAGUGCUUCUGCUCGGCCGGGUGACCUUGCAUGAGGAGGAUGGGGGUGAAUGCUUCGUGCCAAGCCGAAGUAGGGGUUGGAACACAAGCGAUCUUUAGCGCGUGGCGGCCUCAGUUUAUGGAGACAAGGUGUCGGUUUGGGGCUGCGGUCUUUCCCUCCCAGAGAAGAAGAAGCGUCUCACCACCCUGGCAACGCUGCGGAAACGUCUCAUUCGUCGCCGCCGCUCGUCCAAAUCCUGUGACCACGCCAGAGUGAUAAGGGAGCUGGUGUCUGACUGGAUGGUGAGAGAGGUGGCUGCCCUGUAUGAGGAGUAUGAAGCUAGUGCUGCCCUUAAGGACCUCACUGUACAGGCUGACCUGGCGCGACCUCCAGCCCCCACCUACAAGCAGGAUUUGAGUGACCUUUUUGACUACAAGUACAGUACAGAUGUUGACCUUGUGUUCCAGGGGGCUAUCUUCCCCGUACAUCGAGCCAUCCUUAGCGUCCGAUGUCCGUAUUUCCAGGAAGUACUGAAGAAGAUCCCUGGCUAUGGCGCACAGAUUGGCGUGGACAUCCGCACCCCAGGGAUCGACGUACCAAUGUUCAGUGCGUUGCUGCGUUACCUUUACACCGGCGAAUUCAAUGCUUAUGACGGGACCAGCCGGGCGCAACUUGGACUGAGCAAUCUGGACCUUCUAAUGCAGCUGUGUGAGGAGUUUGGGACACCUAACCCCCUUGAGUGCGACUUGAGGUACCUUUUAGAAUCAGGUGACCAUGCUGACUGUGUCCUUGUGUUCUCCCCGGGCGGCGAAACAGGGCAGAGUGAAAAUAGCGAGGCAGGACCGUCAGAUUACGGUUUCCACAACAGACUGGAGCUGUACUGUCACAAGGCAAUACUCAGCGCCAGGUCACCGUUUUUCCGAAGUUUAAUCCAGCGCCGGCAACGUCUGGGCGAGGAGAACGGAGAGAGGGGCCCGCCGCUACCAACUCGCGUCGUUUUAGAUCAAAGUGUCAUUCCUAAACGGUACGCGAGGGUUUUGCUCCACGCUGUUUACCUGGACACCCUAGACCUGACCUGUAUUGUGAGGGACGCAGCGAGCACUAACAGUCUUUCCGAGGCACAGAGUAUCGUUCAAACAGGCAGGUCGCGUUUGACUAUGGUGGAGGAAGCUAUGGAAAUAUAUCAAAUUGGACGAUUUCUGGAGCUGGAUAUACUGACGCAGGGUUGCGAGGACUUGAUAGUGGAAUCGCUGUGUUUGGAGAACCUUGUAUCCAUUCUACGGUGGUCUGGCGAGGCACAUGGGUCAGCUUGGGUCCACAGACAGGCUCUUCACUUCUUAAGAGAGGAGUUCGCGCAGGUGGCCCAGUCAGGGGUGUUGCUGGAGCUGGACAAGGCUACACUGCUGGAGGGGCUCACGUCAGACUUCCUCCAGGCAGCUGAACUGGAUGUCCUUCAAGCCACACUGCGCUGGGGGGAGCACCAACUACUCAGGCGCAUGGAGGACAGAGAGCCCAACCUGGUGUCCCAAACAGCGCACUCAGUCACCAGGAAAGGCCUCAGAAAACGAGACAUGAAUGACGUUGAGCUAAGGGAGAUUUUGUCUGAGCUCCUCCCACACGUCAGAAUGGACCAUGUGCUGCCUCCAAACCAUGACAUCCUUACGCAGGCCAUCAAGAGGGGGCUAGUGUCCACCCCCCCGAGCCACAUGAUUGGUGACGACACGACCAACUACCGACUCAACGCGUGGAUCAGGAGCAAAAAUAAUGGGCUCUUUGUCAAACCCAGGCUGUUCACCCCUUACGCAGAGGAAAUCAAGAGUGUGGUGGAUGAGCAGACAGCAGGUGGAGUGGAUGUGGUGAGGCUCCAGUGCUUCGUUUCCCACAUCCCUGACGCUCUGUAUAUGGUGGAGGAUAACGCCCCGCACCAACCGCCCACCUACACCCACCCGGCACCCACUACUGUUGAUGUGGUGGCUGCUGCUAUACCAGUGGUGGCCAUGGUGAGGAGGGAGAGAGAGCUGGUGUCGUCUCCUGGCUACCAACGCGCUGCCUCUCUCCUGUUUGGUGACCGAAGAAUGCUGAGGAGACAGGUCAGGCUAAGAGUGGUCAGGGAAUUUAACUUACCUGACUCUGUGGCGGACAUGUUGGAGGGUGCGUCGUACACGGAGGAGGAGGAUGAGGAGGAGGUACAGCAGCGGUGUUCAGUGAGGGAUGAAGGAAGAUCAAAGCUGCAACCGCCAGAGUUCCUCCUUGAUCCUCUUCUAGAACCGCCCCCACACCACUUCAGAAUGAUGCAGGGUGAGGAGGGGCAUCUGAGCGAGGUAAUGCCUGACGUGGCCUUGGCGUCGUCGUCCCUCUCGGCGCUGCACUUGGAGGAGCAGCGCCUGGGCAGCCUGGAGGGCCUGGAGGGCACACAGAUGACCCUUGACCUCGGCGACGGCUCACACCACCAGGUCGGGUCACACCUCACUCUGGGCGGGUCACAUGGGCGCAGGUCAAGCCGGCGACGACGACUACCCCCGCACCUGACCCCACCCCCUACCAUGUCAGGCCACCACACCUAUGGGGGGGGUGGGGGGCCUCACUCACCGCACACACCCCCACUGCGGCCACACACCACCACGGGGGGCAGCGCUCCUCGCCACCACCCCUCCCCCACCCCCCCACUAUUCCUCUGACAAAGGGAAUACUUCUCUCUCCACCUCCACCACCACCGCCACCACCACCACCACCGCCACCACCACCACCACCACCACCACGCCAGCCGCGACUCACCACACCAUCGACCAAGGACUCCGAUGUUUUAGUCAGUCAGUCAGUCAGUCAGUCAGUCAGUCAGUCAGUGAAGUGGCUGAAAUGUUUCAUGUGUGCAAUUUAUUGUGUACAGGAGCCAAAACGCACAUAGAAAGCUACACACGUACAUACAUGACCGUGUGUGUGUGUGUGUUUGUGUGUGUGCGUGUUUGUUUCAGCUCCAUUGGAAAAAAAAGAACUAGAAAAAAAACGAGAUUGGUACACGUUUUUAUUUCCAUGCGGCGUGUGUGUGUGUGCGUGCGUUUGUGUGCGUUUGCGCGUGUGUGUGUUUAUUUCAAUACCACGCGUUUGAAUAUUUACGAAUUUUUUAUAUCUAUUACCAGUGAGAGGUGUGUUUGUCGAGUGUUUGGCUGCGUUUUAAUCCAGCCCACCCCCCUUCACCCCCACAGACCCCCCACAGUGCAGCACGUUUGUCCGGCAGCACAGAUGGAAACAAACGCAUGGAAAGACAAGACUGUGUUUACGUUUGCUUCCCCUGAGAUUUAUACAUACAUGUGUACAGUGUUUCUAUUUAUUUUUUUGUCGUUUUUCGUGCGAGUGUAUUUCCGAGUAUUGUGUGUGUGUGUUUGGAGUGUUUGGGAGUGUUUGGAGCGUUUGUUUUUACUUGUGUUGUGAUUGAUUGAGAGAGAGAGAGAAAGAGAGAGAGGAAAAUGAAAAAAAACACCAAUAUUUUUUAAAAACGCACAAAUCAAACAGAAAGGUAAUAGAUUUCUCUUGUUUUUUUUUUUUUUUGUUUGUUUGUUUGUUUGUUUGUUGUGGAAUUCAGUGAUUGAGGAAAGCAAAUGAAUUAUCGAGGUGAAAUUUAAAAGGAAAUGUUUGGAAUAUCAGAAAAAAAGGAAUAUAUUUUGAAAAGAUAUGAAAUUGAAAAAAAGAAAAAAAAUAUCACACAUCUUGAAGGAAUAGUGUUGUGUCUCCUAGUUUGACAUCAAGUUAAUAAUUCAAAAGAAAACCAAAAUAACUUUCAAUACAUAAAUUUUGAAAAGAUGCGAAGUUGAAAAGAAGGAGAAAAAAUAUACAUCUUGAA